AUGGCCGACUCGUCCAUCGCCUUGGGCGACAUGGUCAAUGUACCCGGCGACAUGUACGGCACUGUCAAGUUUGUCGGGCCCGUCAGGGGCAAGCAGGGCAAAUUUAUCGGUGUCGAACUGGCCAGUGAAUUUGCUGCCAGAGGAAAGAACGACGGCGACGUUGACGGUAUUCGCUACUUCGAUACCGAUAUUCCUGGCGCAGGCAUCUUCCUGCCUGUCCACCGUGCAGAGAAGCGCCAAUCGCCUGCGCGCCCUCGCCCAGCACAUCCUGGCACGCCCACUACGCCCUUACACUACCGCCUGGACUCGUACACUCCUCCGGCAGCCGCCAUGCCCAAGUUCUCUCAAUCCAUGGGCCCUGGUGCCCGUCCUCCCAGUCCCCUCUCGAAGCUCAAAUCCCGCCGGCCAUCACUGCCACGCCCCGAAUCUCCUUUCCGCAAACAACCCAAUCUGGUUCCUACUCCGGCACGCAACUUUUCCAUGAGUCAGAGAUCUGCCGUUCCUCCACGCUUCACCUCAAGUCCUGCACCGCCCCUGUCUACAACUCCUCGCGCUGCUAGUCGAUCUGCCGCUCCUUCGCGUCCGUAUUCACGCACUGGCUCUCGUGUAGGACAUCGCUCAGAAACACAGCGUCCAUCCACCAGCUCUGCCGCUUCGAUUGCUAGACGUUCUCCGUCCCGGCAGGUCACCGUGGAUCAGGAUGGCGAGGUUCAGAGAUUGUUGGCCCAGCUGGAANGCAAAGACAGACAAUUGCAAGAACAAGCUGGAUCACUUGCGGAGAUGGAGACCAGUCUGAAGGAAAUUCAAGAGCUCAUACCUGCCGAUGGCAACGACCAAGACAGUGCUGACGUUUUUGAGCUGCGUCAAGCUGUACACGACAGAGAAGACAAGAUUCAAUCCCUCAUCGACGAGUUCGAUGCUCACCGUGCAGAUUUCCGCAGUACGAUUGACACUCUGGAGCUUGCAUCAGCCGAAACCGAACGUGUCUACGAGGCAAAGAUUGCCGACUUGCUUGCUGAGAUACAAGAAUUGCGCGAGCUCGGUCACAGUCGUGAAGAUGUCGAGAAUGUCGCUCGCCAGCUUAAGGGGUUGGAAGAGCUUGUUGCUGAGCUCGAAGAAGGUCUAGAAGACGCCCGUCGUGGUGAAGCAGAAGCUCGAGGAGAGGUCGAGUUCUUGAGAGGAGAAGUCGAAAGAGGACGUAGCGAGCUGAGACGUGAAAGAGAGAAGGCUGCCAAAGCAUUGCAGGGGGCCAAGGAGGCAGAAGGUCAAACUUCCAGAGACAAGGAUGUCGAGUUGAAGGACGAUGAGAUUAGGGGUCUCAAAGCCAUCAUACACUCUCUCGGUUCUGGACCCGAAGCGAGUCCCAUGGCACGACAAAGCCCUGCAUCUGGACGUUUCGCCGACCCAGAGGAGUUGAAGAGGACUCAGGCAACUGUACAACAACUCGAGCGUGAGAAGUCGGAGCUCCAAGGAUUGAUCGACCGAAAGGCGUUCAGAGAAGAGGAACUGGAGCGCGCAGUCGAGCAACUGAGACGAGCAGCAGAGCAGGAGAGGGACAGUAUCAUGAAUACUGAAGCAGCUGCAGAGGAGAUGCCACGUCAACAUCUGUCGAGAUCGCCCGAGGCCGUCAGAUCUCCUACACAAUACAGAUCACCACGAACGGACGAACAGAGAACGUGGUGCGAAGUAUGCGAUACACCUGGACAUGACAUCUUGACCUGCCCCAACGUUGAAGGUGCUAAUGGUCACGAAUUGAACAAUGGUCAUGAACAUCAAGCGGAGCAUAACGAACCGGAAGACGAACUAUUCAGCCAUAUGCGGAACUUGAACGUCUCUGCAUCUACGAAGGACAGAUAUAACGACAAGCUCGAUGCUCCUGCGCCGCUCUCAUUGAGGAAAACUUUGAGCAACAACAGUAACAAUGCAGAAAAGAGCAAGGAAACUCAUGAUGCACCUGCAGCUGAAACGGACGCUGACAAAUGGUGCGCACUUUGCGAAAAGGAUGGUCAUCUAGCAUUCGACUGUCCUGAUGAGCAGUAUUAG